UUUUUUUAAAUAUAAUAGACUACAAGAUAAUACCAACAUGGUGCAAGAUUUUCAUGUAUUGAGAUGUUUUUCUUGUCAGAUAUUUCAAGUACAACAGGUUAAAAAGAGCAAAAAAUGGAGCUGCAAGAUGUGUGGAGAAAAACAGUCACUUAUUAAGGAAUAUGGCAGAGGAACUGGUGCAGACUGUAGACGCCAUGUGCAGAAGUUGAAUUUACUGCGUGGUGAACUUCUGGAGGUAGAAAAUGAAAAGACCUGGACACAGUGGGAGAAAGAGAAGGAGUGUGAAGCUGAAGAGGGUUUUGGUGGUGAUGCUCAAAGCUGUGAGAAACAGGGUGUCAGCCGCUGGAGUAAAUUUCUAGAUCAAAUGGACAGCAGACCAAGGGAUGACGAAGAUAACGAAGAGGAUGAGAAUGUUUGCACAGGCAGAGAGAGGUUUAGAAGUCGUCAUAAUAUAAGAAAGAGGAAGAAAAGCAUUACUUCAGGAGGUGCGGGAGGCCACUCCACAGUCUGUGAGGCUAUCACUGCUUGUCGGAGGCCCAAAGAACUACUAUUUGAGCCGCAGCAUGAUCGUUAUGCUCUUAGUGGAUACGACAGUGGAGCAAAUAUACAGCAGCCUUCUGCCAAGGUAACCACCAAGCAUCCCUCAGUGUCUGCCAGCAAUGUUUUUGCAGCUACAUCCUCUUUUAUGAGUUUGAGUGAAACUAACAUGGCGUCUGGAGGCUCCAAAUGGACUAGGUUCCUUACUACUGCAACUGUUGAAGAGGACAAGAGGGAGGAUGAUAAUUAUUCUCAAAUGAGUGCUAAGGCAGCUGAUGCUGAAGUACACCACUCCCUCUCUACUCUGAGUCCAGGCAAGCAUAUACAAGUUAUAGAUGGAAAUGCAGGCAACAUGGGUAGUGGAGACAGAGUUUGUGGAAGAUCUUUAUUGGAUAAGGAGCUUGGAUUAUGUAACAGGACUACCGAGCGUGCUUUUGAGAAACUGAGCCACUGUUUAACUGGGACUACUUCUAACCAGUCCAGCAGUCCUAUCUUUAAAUCAGAGCCUCUUCGCUCCAAGAAGCCUAUCUGUCUUCAGCCAGUACCUGUCAAAAGAACAAGUCCUGCCCUUUCUUUGAGAACAUUUUUCUAUACUGAUGAGGACUUUGAUGACACAUUUUAAUGUGUUACACUUUACAUUUUUCUUUGAAUAGUUGCUAAUAUUACAAACAAUAUUACCCAAUUGGGGCUACAGUGUUUUAAUAAUCAAUCAUCGAGAGGUGUUUUAAUAAUUUUGCUGAGGCAUUUUAUUUGACAGUCAGAGCACGAAACUUUGAAAAUAGAACAAAUGAUUCCUAUUCAUUCUAACAAAAAAACUCAUUUGAGAAAUAUUGUUGAAGUAAAUGGUGCCUUGAAACAGUGACUAUAAGAAAUUUGUUCAAUAGCCAUGUUUUUCUUAAUGUUGACCAAUUUGAAUUUUUUUUUGGUACCAUUUUUAUAAAACAUGAGAAGUUUAAUCAGUAGGUUAUGUAGUCAUUAUAUAAUUUGUUAAGGUUACAAGUUGUAUUUCAUUAAAGACAAGUGUUGAUAAAGAUUAUAAAUCACUGUUCUUUAAAA